CCAUGUCAUCAGCACCAGGGAAGGCAGAGCAUUGAAAUAAAGAUCAGAAUCCACGCUCACUCCAGAAGGAAUUCCACGAGCGUCAAUCCCUCCAGACAGAAAUGGUGAAGAUCACGUUUCAGCAGGUCGCAGGACCGAAACCCGAGAAGGAGAACGAAGGAGACAAAGCGGAGAUUCUCAUACCUUGUCCACACGAGGAGCUGGUUCUUCCUCUUCGGCCCAAAAAGUCUCCUCUCAGUGGCCUAUGUUGCCUGGUCUUUGGCCUGGUGGUCUUCACAUGUGUGCUUGUGCUGGCAUCGAUAUGUGUCUAUAGAUACUACUCAAUACCACAGGAGCCUGAGGAUAACAUGUUUCACUGCCGCGUUUUGUACGAGGACCCCAUCUACGCCCCGCUGCGGGGGCGGCAGGAGCUGGAGGAGAACGUGGGCAUCUACCUGGAGGACAACUACGAGCAGAUCAGCGUGCCCGUGCCCCACUUUGGCGGGAGCGAUCCCGCCGACAUCAUCCAUGACUUCCACAGGGGCCUGACAGCCUACUACGAUAUUGCACUUGACAAGUGCUACGUCAUUGAGCUGAACACCUCCAUCGUCAUGCCUCCAAGAAACCUCUGGGAGCUGCUGAUUAACGUCAAGAGGGGGACCUACCUGCCCCAGACCUACCUCGUCCAUGAGGAGAUGGUGGUGACAGGCCGGGUGCGAAACCUCCGGCAGCUGGGCGCCUUCAUCUACAGGCUCUGCAGAGGAAAGGACACCUAUCGGCUGAAGAGGCGGGGAUCUCGCAGACGUAUUGACAAGCGCGAAGCACGCAACUGUCAUAAGAUCCGCCACUUUGAGAACACGUUUGUGGUGGAAACGGUCAUCUGUGAAGAGGCCUAACCCACGGAUGCUGCUUUCUCGCCACGUUCAACCUUUAUGCGAGUCCACCUCCAAUACUGUAGCUCUCUUAAGCAUAUUUAGUUUGACUGCACUUUAUAAGCAUGAUGUAUUAUAUUUUAUUUAAGAAGUUCAUUUUAAUUUAUUUGUCUUGGGGCUUUUUGUCCUGAUUUGUUUGUCCUGACUUUUCUGUCAUUCAGUUAUGAAAUGUUUUGUUUUUUAUUCCAAUAAUCUGUAUAUUUGAAUAUAUUAGAUAAUUUUUUUAGUUCUUUGAAAGUAAGAAAGUUUUGUUCUUUGUUUUUUUAUCAUACUGUUCUUAAUGGUUUUCCAAAGUGAAAUGAAGAAUGUUUAUUGUGUCAGCUGAGAGAAAAGAAGGUAGAUUCUUGUUUUGUUUUCACUUGUUUGCUCUUUUUUCGACGCCGUCUGGGUAACCACAGUGCACUGUUAAUCCACUGACAGGAUAUCUCACGUACAAACAGUGCUUUCGCUACGUACACUUCUCUAUUUGCUGUUUGUGACAUGAUCCAGCCAUUUUUCUACCCUCCCCCUCUCCUUUCUCCCCUUCUACUGCUCAUACCUCUUUCUUUCCUGUGGUAUGAUGAAAUCACCUCAUGUUUUGUCUGGGUGGAAACAGGCAGGCCCUGGGACUUUCAAGUUGGAAACUGGAUUAUUCCAUUUCAAAUUAAGAGGGUUGUUCUGGUCCAACUCGGUGAUCCAGUUUUGGUUCUGAAAGUACAUUAUGCUUCUUUUGUGAAAGACCUAUUCAUAUUUGGUUAGCAAAAGAAUGAUGUCAGUGAUCAUGCUUUUCCAGAACAAUUCUCUUCCUUGAGGUGGAGCUAGAGGGGUGUCCCCCAGGUGCUGCUUGAAUUGUUUCCCCAAAACUCCCCUUUCCCCCCUUUGAGCUCACCGACAUGCCAAAGUUCCACCCCCAUUCUGCCAUGGCCAAUUUGUUCCCACCUUCUUUUUUUUCUCUGCAUGUUUCUUUGAAACACCUGUACUGUUAGAAUAUUUUAUAAAACCACAAAUACAGACAAUGCCUUGGUUCAGAAACUGAACUGAAGAUAUCGUUGUUGCAAGAGAAUUUUAGAAUAUUUAAUGUUCAGUCUAUAAUAUCUGAUUUGACUGACACUACUGUAUAUUCUGUCUCAUUGUAAAGCCUACCUACCUGUGAAUAAACUAGAUAAUCCAAAAUA